AAGUUGCUUUGUGCAGCAUUUACUUCAGGUAGUGUUUGAAGAAAAAAAAAAAGAAGUCAGCCAAGACUGCAAUGACAAAACAAAUUUUUGGAAUUUAAUGUGCUACUGUGUAAAUGCAACGAAGACCGACUUAGGAGUCAUCACUUUAAAAAUAACUUUAUUGUGGUGGAUCAUGUUUUGGUAGGAGGGAUCAUUUAUCGUGCUGUUGCAGGCUAGCAGCAUAUGAAGCGCUGAGGUUAAGCUGCGUGCAGAGGGCAGAGGAGCCCAAUGUGUUAACAGAGUGCUCUGUAGAUACUUUGCGUCAAUAGGAAUUCUGCUCUUUCUCGUUUAAACGAUGCCUUGGAUAUAGCCAUCUCCAUGAGUGAUAUGAGUAAUACAGUAGAAGACUUACAAACUUCUGGAAACCUGGGAGAAAAAACAGCUAUUUUUCAACAUGACAGGAGUAAUGCAAGUCGUUUUUCCAGCCCAUCGUUGAUACCUCUGCGUGCAUCCUUACCACCAUCAAAUGCUCUACAAAAUAAGGCAGCUCUUUUCAAGGGGAUUAGGAAAAGUAAGGAGGGCGAGGAAAUGCUGUCUGCUUCAAUUCCAAAUCCUUUUCCAGAAUUGUUUUCUUCUACAGUGUCAUCUCUAGUCUCAGAUUGCUUAUUACCUUGGACCAAAAGGAAUAAAACUCAGUCUGAUGUUUUGAAGAGACAAAUUAUGAACUUCUGUGCAAGAAGAGUCACCUUGCCUGCGAUUACUCCACUGUUUCUUCAAAAGCGGGUAAUCAAAGUGUAUAAUGAGGAUAACACGAGUCGAGCAUUAGAAGUACCCAGUGAUUUUACUGCUCGGGACAUAUGCCAGUUGUUCAUUCUAAAGAACCAUUGCAUCGAUGACCAUAGUUGGACACUCUUUGAGCACAUCUCCCACUUAGGCAUAGAAAGAACCAUAGAAGACCAUGAAUCAGUUAUUGAAGUGCAAUCAAGCUGGGGAAUGGAAGGAGACAGCCGUCUGUACUUCAGGAAAAAUUAUGCCAAAUACGAAUUCUUCAAAAAACCAUUGGAUUUUUUUCCAGAACAUAUGGUGUCUAUUUCAGGUGAAACAAAUGGGAUUAUGAACCAUUCACAGCUUUUACAGACAUUUCUCAGCUCAAGUACUUGUCCUGAGAUUCAUGGCUAUCUGCACGCUAAGGAGCAGGGAAAAAAGUCGUGGAAAAAGUUUUACUUUGUUUUGAGAAGGUCUGGACUGUACUUUUCAAACAAGGGAACAUCAAAGGAGCCAAGGCAUCUUCAAUUCAUUGCUGAAUUCAGCGAUAAUGAUGUGUAUUCAUUGAUGUCAGCCAGAAAGAUGUAUGGCGCUCCAACAGACUAUGGAUUCUGUAUUAAGCCUACCAAAUCUGGAGCAGCCAGAGACCUGAAACUGCUGUGUGCAGAUGAGGAGCAGAUUAAGACAUGCUGGGUGACGGCCAUUCGUCUCUUCAAAUAUGGGAUGCAGCUGUACCAAAAUUUCAUUCAGCCACAUCAAAAGCAGAAAGCAUCACCAAUGAGAAGCAUUUCUGAAAACUCCCUUGUGGCAAUGGAUUUCUCAGGGCACAAGAGCAGGGUGAUAGAGAACCCUACAGAAGCGCUGUCUGUUGCAGUUGAGGAAGGUCUGUCUUGGCGGAGAAAAAGCUGCCAUCGUUUGAGCUCACAUGGAAGCCCAUCUACUUCUCAGAGCCCAACUUCAAACUUAGCUAUCCACAAGUGUCAGCCUUGGUUUCACUGCAAAAUAUCACGAGAUGAAGCUCAGCGCUUAAUUACACAGCAAGGUCUUAUUGAUGGGGUUUUUCUGUUACGGGACAGCCAAAGCAAUCCCAAGACAUAUGUCUUGUCAUUGUGUCACGCCCAGAAAAUAAAACACUUUCAGAUUGUACCACUUGAGGAAGAGGGGGAGCUGUUUUUUAGCCUGGAUGAUGGUCACACAAGAUUCACUGAUCUGAUCCAGCUUGUGGAGUUCUACCAGCUUAAUAAGGGAGUCUUGCCCUGCAAGCUAAAACAUCACUGUGCUCGAAUUGCUCUUUAAUCGGGGCAUGCCAUUUCUUACAUUCAUCAGAUGUUCUGAAAGGAAGAGUCACAAAAAGCAAAAGGCAUUGCGUGCUGAGUGCAGAACGCACCUUAAUUGGAUGGCUUUGAAGAUAAUUUCAAGCUACACGUGUGAAUGCAUAUCGUGCCUUGGACAAGAAAAGCACUAAUAUUAAUGUAGCCAAAUUAGCCUGAAGCUAUCGAUUCAGCCAACCUGAUUCAUUUUCAUGGAAACUUUGUGAUUUAUUUUUAAUCUUUCUGGUAAGACAAUUAAAACAAAAACAGUAAAUCAUAAUUUAAAUGAAUAAACUGCUUCUAAAACACAAAGUAGUAUAUUUAGUAACCCAGUGCAGGUUAAGACCAUGUACUAGGGUUUUGCCUUCUAAUCUUGCGUAUUUUUAUGGUGAACUGGGUUGGCCUGGUUUGUAGGAAGUAGAAUGAAUUGCAAAACCAUGAGCAUGGAUUUGAUUCAUGAGGUGGUACUGAUAAAGAUGAGCUUUUGAGAAUUUACUGUAUAUAAUGUACAGUGUAAGCUAUAUACUUGUACAGUAUAUCAGCUCAUGUGUGACAAAAUAAUCUUCAUGUACUUUUCAAAGAAGAAAUUAUUAUGGAGGGCAAUUAUCAUCAAUCGUUUUAGUAACUUUCAUUUUUGUUCUUGUUGUGCUUACUCAUAGAAUCUUAAACUGAAGCUGUUGUUAUUCUGGUUAUCAUCUAAGUACAGGGCUGAUACACUUAAUACUACUGUAGGACCUGAUCACACUUCAUGGCCCAGAUAAGUGUAGUUAAGGCAAACUCUUUUCUUCAGAGGCUCACCAGAUUUAAAGCGUUAAUUGAUUAAUUUAAUGGGAAGGUGUCUUAGUUUGAACAAUGUAACUUAUGUCUCCUUGCUUUGCAGAACUGUUAAAUUUGGAUAUUUCAAUAUUUUGCACACACUUCAGUAAAUAUUGAGUAUAAUAGAGCUCCAGGACUAAUUGUGAAAGUAAGGCUUGGCUUAUUAUUUUGUGUUCCUUUUCUUUGUAUUCAGGUAUUUUCUACAAGUAAUUGUUUUCAGUAUAAAUGAUACCAGAAUUUGGAACAAAAUGGAAAAAUGGAAGGUGAUCAUGAAUCCAAAUUAACUACCAUUACUGUGUAUGAUCAUGAUGAAGAAUGUAGUGAAAAAGAUAACUUAAAUUAAUUAAAAACCAAACCAAAUACUUUCUUUUUCUGGUUUUGGAUAAUGUGUUAUUUUUAUUCAUUUGUUAUUCUUUCAAAAUGAAAAAGCUUGGAAUAGUAAUGCACAUCAAAGUGAGUGUAAUAUCUUUAUUUUCCCUGAAUUAUUGUUAAUGUUACAAUUGUGUGCUUUGUAGGCCUUGACCAAUAUUCAACUAAUGCCUUGUGCAACACUUGAUGCUAUUGAGUAAUGUCAGCAAGUAAAUUGAGAGGAUUUCAAAUGAAUAAAACUAAAUUGAAACCAUUUUUUUGGAAGCAAGUUACUUUUGAAUAGGUUGGUUUGUGGGUUUUGUUGAAUCAUACUGCCUAAUCUGAUUCUGGAUAGUGUAAAAAAAUAAUACUUCAGGACAGGCCAACCCAAAUAAAGGAAAACCAAAUCUUUUAAAACCUAGUCUUUUAAAAGAAAUUAACUGACUUGCACUUCUAAAAAAAUCUUGAAAGUGAAAUGCACUUUUUAAAAAAAAAAUCAGGAUGGUUAUAUGUUUUAGUUAACAAAGACCAGUGCAUUAAAAACAUUAAAUAUCAAGGACUGCAAUGUAUUUUGUAUAAAUCAAUGUCAAUUUCCACUGUGUGGGUUCGGUUUAGUAAUUUGUGUGUAUUCAGAAUUGAGCAGUCACACAGGUUUAUAAGAUGUUUUACAUUCAUCGAAAGGGUUGCUUUUAAAUCUUUCUAGAUGACAAUAUUAAUUGCACUGUAGUUGGAACACUGGCAACAAUUAUUUCUAAUGCUAACUAUUAAUAUUGACUAUAAGGACUGUUGAAAUACGUUAAGAUGUUAAAUGCUUGCAUUUUUCAUUCUUGUAUGUGUGGUCAGUUAUGCUUUUGCUUAAUUUUUAUAUGGACCUAAAUAGUCUAAAGUGUAUGUAAAUGACCAUCUAGUAUGUGAAAUGUAUAUAUAAUUUAAUGUCUUCAUAAAAGCUUUUUACUCACAUUUUUAUUUCUGUCUGCAUCCAUCAUUAUCAUGUUUACUGCCUUCUGUUAUUUCAAAGUCAGUACAGUUUUUAGGCGUGUUGUUUUCUUCUAGAUAUUAAUCCAUCCAUGUUGAUUGGUCAAGAUCACAAGUGGCCCAGAUUGAAAUAUUUUAUCACUUCAGCUAUAGUGACCAUUUUCUAGCAGCAUGUUUUUACCGCUGCACAUGAAAUGUUUACAGGAUUGUGAAGAAUUCCCAGAAAAAAAAAUAAUUCUAAUGAAAAUGUUUACUUUUUGAAGUAAGAAAAUUAGCAAUAUUGUGUUAUAAUAUUCUUAAGUACUUUUCAUCCUGUGUGUACCAAAAUACUUAGGAAUCUGCUGCAUAGCCACUUGUAUUAGGCAUUUCAUUAUUCCAGUUUUCUUUAGAGGCUAUUAUUAUACUGAUAUUAGUAUUAUGUGAAGUAAACUUGAAAUAAAAAGAGAGAAUAUCCAAUAAACUAUUUUUUCCAUCAA